GUUGAGAACAACAAAUCACAAACAUUAUUCGAGUUAUAAAAAAAUCUUUAAAAGUCUAUCAAUGAGAAAAAUAUCUAGUUAAUUUAUAAGUUUCCCUCGACGCAUUAAGUCAUAAUCCAAAAGUUGAGCAAAACAUACAAGUAGUUUUUAAAUCAUAAAUUGAAACUUAAAAUGAACUCAUUAAAAGUACUCGGCUUGAUUUGUUUAAUAAUGACAAUGGUGAUGUCAAAUCCAGUAUCAGUUGAAAAUAAUUAUAUUCUUGCUGACUUACUACGGAAAGCCCAAUUGGCUCCUUCGUCUAAAGAGAGUAUUGUUGUUAAGAGACGUAUUUUUGAAGAUACUACCGAUGGGGAAUUGAAACAAAUUGCACUUAGAUCGUUAGUAGGAGAUAUUGAAAAAAACAUGUUUGCUUCAGCCUUAAGUCUUAACAAAGUAUUAGCGGAUAAAGAUGUCAAUAUACCGGAAAUUAAAGUGAAAAAUAAUUCUGACAUCAUCAAACAGGCAAAAGAAGAGACGAAUAGUGAAAUUACGACUACUACAUCAACUAUGACGACAACUACGGAAUCUAGUAUAAUUUUUUCUACAGAGAAAAAUGAACAGUCCAGAGGGGCACCAACUCAUAUUGUUAUUGAUCGUAUUGCCUUACAACCAAACACAGGAGGUAUAGCAUUAAUACCCAUUUUUGAAUUAAAACAUACUAGAAAGAAUGAAAAUGACAGCAAAGACCAUGAAAUUACUAAAAUUACAAUAUCAAAAACUGAAAUCACAAGUUUAGCGACGGCACUACCCGAAUCAUCCACUAACUCUUUAGCGAUCAAUUCUACUACGCCCAUUUUUACGUCUACCACAAACAAAUUAGAACCUGCUAUAACGCCCAGAGAUAUUGAACAGCUAAAGGAGGCCGAAGACGAGUUAAAGGAAAAAGUAGCUGAAAUAGAGGCAGAGCCUAUUAUACUCUCAGCUCGCGUUUAAUAAAAAUGUGUUAUUAACGCAGUUUAUUUUAUGAUCAACACAUUAUCUCAAAUCUCCAAUCGUGAUUUAUCUCAACAAUAUAAAUGCAUGUAUUUAUUAAAUACAUAAUAAAAAAUUAAAUACUUUUAAAUACAGUA